AUGGAGGGCGACCUGGGGACCCCCAACGCCAGCGUGCUGGGGGAGCGCUCGCUGCUGGCGGGGAGCAGCUGGCUGGCCGCUUUCCUCUGCUUCAUCAUCCUGCUGACCGCGGCCGGGAACUUCCUCCUCAUCCUCCUCAUCGUCACGCAGCGCUCCCUCCGCAACACCUCCAACUACUUCCUGGUGUCCCUCUUCAUGUCCGACCUGAUGGUGGGGCUGGUGGUGAUGCCCCCGGCCAUGCUGAACCAGCUGUACGGCCGCUGGGUGCUGCAGGGCGGCUUCUGCUCCCUCUGGUACUCCUUCGACGUGAUGUGCUGCAGCGCCUCCAUCCUCAACCUCUGCCUCAUCAGCCUGGACCGCUACCUGCUCAUCCUCUCCCCGCUCAAGUACAAGCUGCGGAUGACCUCCUGCAGAGCUCUCUGGCUCAUCCUGGCCACCUGGACCGUGGCCGCCUUGGCCUCCUUCCUGCCCAUCAAGAUGGGCUGGCACGAGCUGGACUUCGAGCUUCGGGCCCCAAACGUCACCUCCCGGGGGGACGAGGAGCAGUGCAGGCUGCUGGUCAGCUUGCCCUACGCCUUGGUGGCCUCCUGCCUGACCUUCUUCCUCCCCUCCGCCGCCAUCUCCUUCACCUACUGCCGCAUCCUGCUGGCCGCCCGCAAGCAGGCGGUGCAGGUGGCUUCCCUGGCCUCCAACGUGGCCACCAGCACCACCGAGGACACCACGCUGCAGGUCCCCUGUGCCCCCAGCCAGCCUGUGGCCAGCAGUGAGAGCAGGAGGUUCACCAACAAGCACAGCAAGAAGGCACUGAAGGCCAGCCUGACGCUGGGCAUCCUCCUGGGCAUGUUCUUCGUGGCUUGGCUCCCCUUCUUUGUCACCAAUGUGACCCAGGCAGUCUGUGGCUGUGUCCCUGCUGGCUUCUUCGACGUGCUGACCUGGCUGGGCUACUGCAACAGCACCAUGAACCCCAUCAUCUACCCACUCUUCAUGAGGGACUUCAAGAGGGCCAUGGGCAAGUACCUGCCCUGCUGCCGGCGCUCGGGGGAGCCUCGUCCCAGCGCCGUCUCCCUCUCCAUGAGGAACUCCAACAGUGGGCCCCGAGCUGCCACCUCCCUCAAGAACGUCCUCACCCUGCAGGCUGAGACUGACUCAGUGGACUCAGGGGUGCUGGGCAACAAGCAGAGCCUGCUGCCAGCUGGUGAGGGCCCCAGGGCCCUGCCCCGUGCCCCCUUGCUCAGCCUGUUCGAUGUGGAGCCUCCGGACACGGAGCUGCAGCCCAAGCAGCUCAGCACCCCCUUGGCCUGA